AUGCCGCCAAGAGCUUUGGUAAAGCGACUCCUUGUGUGCGGUGAGGAUGUUAAGUACGAGAUGCCGUUGUGGCCAGAAGAACACCCUGGACUGGAGCCCGGCAUUUGCGGGCAGUUAGAGUUGAUUUACAGGAGAUUAGAUCUGCUUUGUGGCACACCGAGGCGGCGAGAUGAACAGCCGCCUCGGGUGCACUUCCAGGCUCCCAGCGGUGCGGUGCAGCAGCGAAUGUUGUCGGGGCUUCACCUCGACACCAAUGGCGCUCCUCACCGCUUCGUGACGGCCCUGCUCUACUUGGAUACGCUACCUCAACCCCAGGGCGAUGGUGCUACCGUCUUUCCUUGCGCGCACGGUGAACCGCCCGAGGUCCAUCCCUCGGAGUCCGUACAAAAAGCCGGCGAGGUGCUCUGGCGCGAGGGAGGUCUGCAUACCAAGAACUUGGCAGAUCCAGACCUCGAGGGGCAGGCCGAGGAGCUGAUGGAUGGGGCGCAAAGGCAGCAGGGGCUUUCUGUGUAUCCUGAGUGCGGCAAGUUGGCCCUCUUCUUCACUAGAGGGGAUGCGGGCGAUGUGGACCCGAUGUCUUGGCACGGCGGCGCAAGGGUGGGUGCCGCAGGCGAGCAUGGCGGCAAGUGGAUGCUGCAGCUGUUCAAGACGAUUCCGCCGGAGCUCCGCGGCAGGAAGGAGCUCAUCGCUCAUUUCUCCGAGCGCUGCCGCGAUUCGGCGUCGCUGAUGCUUUUGCUUUGGGCAACAGAGCUCUUUGACCUCGAGUUUGUCGUGUUGCAACCCGAGGGCGACAGCUUCUCACGACGGCAGCUGCGAGAUUUGGCUUGGCACAACCCUUCCAUGGCAAAACGCAUGAUGUGGUGCCGCAGCGUGAACGUUCAGAAGCUCUUACUCUUCUUCGUGGAAAAGGUCUCUAUGGUGCACUUGAGGAUGCCAAGCGCUUGGCGUCAGAGCCAGAGGAGGAAAAGUUUCGGUCACUGCGAGCAGAAACUGCCCGGCGAUUUCCAGGCGGUGUGCACAUGCUUCCCAGCUGCCACCGAGCUCGGCUUCUGCAAUGCCUUUGCCGGCGCUUUGAGGCACCUUUACCGGGUUCUCCGCCCUCUGCUUUGCAGAAGCCGGUGCAGAGGGAUCACAGCCGUAAGCAGACCACGGGUCCCGCUUGGCGUCUGCACCAUACCGGUUACAAGCUUCGAGCGCAGUGCCUCGCAGGCAGAUCUCGCCCGCGAGUUCACCAGGACUGCGACGCGCCGGGUCGAGGUGCGGGUUGGGGAUGCCAGCCGCCUCAUGCAGACGCUGGCAAAAGCCGCAGAGGCAUCUGCUGAGCGAUUCGAUUUGCUCCACCUAGAUGCGGACAUCAAGAACUAUGGAUAUUACCUCGAUCUUUGCUUGCGUUCCUCGCUUCUGUCGCCCAAUGCAGUGAUCCUUGCGGACAAUGUCCUCUUCCGUGGGCUUGUGGCCGAUACCAGCUUCCAGGGGGAAGGUCGCUGGGGGCGAAUUGUGCGAAGCUUGCGCCACUUCAUCCGUGCGCUGUUGCAAGAUGGUUCGGACACAGAAGGGGUGAUUUUGCCAGAAGAUGAUGGCUUGGCGAUAGUUUGGCAACGAUGUCCUCAGUGA